AUGCCUCUCAAGCUGAACAGCACAAACUUGUCCCAAAUCGCGGGUGACCAGGUCAAGGUCCCUGCCUACCAGCGCGGUGCCGCCGUCAAGGAGGGCAUUGUCCACAUUGGCGUGGGUGGCUUCCACCGAGCCCACCUGGCUGUCUAUGUCGACAAAUUGAUGCAGAACCACGGCAUGACCGACUACGCUAUCUGCGGUGUCGGUUUGCAGCCCUUCGAUGCCACCAUGCGGGACGUUCUGAACUCCCAAGACCACCUGUACACUGUCAUCGAGCGUUCCGCCAAGGGAAGCUUUGCCAAUGUCGUGGGCAGCAUCAAUUCCUACCUCUUUGCCCCCGAUGACCGGGAGGCUGUCAUUGCCAAGAUGGCCCACCCAGACACCCACAUUGUCUCCCUCACCAUCACCGAGAGCGGCUACUACUACAACGAGAACUCCCACGAGCUGCAGAGCGAGCACCCAGACAUCCAACACGAUAUCAACCCAGCCAACGAGAAGGCUCCCCGCACAACCUUCGGCUUCCUCUACGCUGCCCUGGCCCGCCGCCACCAGCAGGGUCUCAAGCCGUUCACCGUCAUGUCCUGUGACAACAUGCAGAAGAACGGUUCCAUCACCCGACACAUGCUCGAGUCUUUUGCCAAGCUUCGUGACCCGGAGAUUGCCAAAUGGAUUGCCGAGAAGGGCGCCUUCCCCAACGCCAUGGUCGACCGAAUCACUCCCCAGACAUCGGCCAACGAUAAGACUACCCUGGCAAGUGACUUUGCCAUUGAGGACGCCUGGCCCGUCGUGACCGAGCCCUUCAUGCAGUGGGUCAUUGAAGACCAAUUCUCCGACGGCCGUCCUCAGUUCGAAAAGGUCGGUGUCCAAGUUGUGAAGAACGUGCACGACGUCGAAGAGUUCGAGAAGCACAAGCUCCGUUUGCUGAACGGCAGUCACUCCGCCAUUGGAUACCCGGGUCAGCUUGCUGGCUUCAAGUACGUGCACGAAGUGAUGGAGAACCCAUUGUACCACAAGUUCGUGUGGCAAAUGAUGCAAGAAGAGGUCAAGCCCCUUCUCCCCGACAUCCCGGGUGUCAACAUCGACGAGUACUGCCACACUUUGGUUGAGCGGUUCUCCAACCCCACCAUUAUGGACCAGCUGCCUCGUGUCAGUCUCAAUGCCUCCGGCAAGAUCCCCCAGUUCAUCAUGCCUUCAAUCGCCGAGGCUAUCUGGGGAACCAAGCCUUUCGGCCGGCUGUGCUUCGUCGCCGCCGCCUGGUUCCGAUACAUCCUCGGUGUCGACGACCAGGGCAACACCUUCAAGGUCGAAGAUCCAAUGUUCGAGGAACUCGAGGCCAAGGCCCGUGCUGGCGGUACCAAGCCCCAUGAGCUGCUCUCUAUUAAGAACCUAUUCGGUGACGACUUGCGUAACGACAAGCGCUUCAUUGAGACAAUCACCACGGCGAUGGAGGACAUCGCUCGGGAUGGUAUCAUGAAGUCCAUGGCCAAAUACGUUGACUAA